ACGUGAGCAAGCCAGAUGCCUUGCGGUGUUCCAGUGAUUGUCAUCCUUGCCGGUGAGAGCAUCGCAGUAUGUCGAGCUGGUUUCCAACGCACGUCCAAGUAACCGUUCACAGAGCAAGAAAUCUGAUCAGCAAGGGAAAAGGAGGAACGAAUAAUGCGUUCGUCACCAUGCAGCUUGGGAAGGAGAAGUUCCAGACGUCGGUCGCUCGCGAGCAGAGGGAUGCCGAAUGGGGAGAGGAGUGUGAGCUAACAUUGUACGGAAUGGAUGGUGUCAUUGUACUAAAUGCAUACCACAAGAGCACUUUGGUUGAAGAAUUCCUCGGUCGUCUCGACCUUCCUCUCUCUAAGUUCAACCGUUACGAUCCGCCACGAUGUGAAUGGUACAAACUCAUGUCGAAGCCUGGGAAAGUGAAGUUGAAGGAACGAGGAGAAUUAGAGGUGGAAGUUGGUUUCAUUGCGAAAGCGAAGGAAAACGAUAUCGUGACCGAGAACAAAAAAAGUAGUAAGAAACUGUUACGAAGUGUUACGGAAGCUGUGGGUGCUGUGCGGUCGAGUGUUCAUUUAAAGACACGUUCUAAUAGUUUUGGCUCAUCUCAGACUACCACAUCGAAUAUAAAUAUCUCAGUUGAGGAUAUUCUGAAGGAAAUGGGUGAGGAUGAUAACGUUGAUGAUGACAAUGCGUCGACACCUUCAAGGGCAAGUGGAUCAUUGACACAGCUUGAGCACAGUGGUUCUUAUUCAGGAGGUUCGCCAAGGCAACAAGAGAAACAACAACCUAGUGGCAUUUUUAGUGGACGGAAACGCAGAAGCUCUAGUGGUUCUCCUAUACCAAACAGAACCUUACUUCGUUCUAGUUCAUUUCGUGAUAACGAACAAUCAGAAAAGACAGUUUCCGACAACCCAGCGGCAGCAAACGGCACAGUACCGCAGCAAGAAACCAAACCUGCAAUUCAAAAUGAUAAGGGAAAGAGACGGCACUCAAUUCAUGCAGUGACUGGUUCUAUACUCAAUUUUGCUGCAUCAAAACUGCGAGGCGACCAGUCAUUGAAGCAUUCGAUUAGCGAAGAAACUGCAGAUGAAUAUGAGUCACUAAACCGGCAGGAACUGCUGAAAGUUGCCAUUCAGUUGCGACAACAGUUGAAACAGAAGGAAACUGAACUUGCCAAGAGACAAUCAUACAUUGACAACCUUCUCUUGCUGGUUAUGGAGAAAGCCCCUCAUCUCUUGGAACAUGCAGAACUUCAAGGCGCAAGCGAUUCACCAAAGUUGAACACAAAAAAUGGUGUCCAUGCCAAGUCAGCAAGGAAGAGACCAACCUAAUGGGCAAUUAAUUAAGCCAGUUUGCAUAUCUGACAUUUGGUAAAUAUAGAAUUAUUGUUAACAGUUUGUUAUGGUUGUGAUAUUGUUGAUCUCUAGUUUAUACAUACUGGAUGUUUUAGAUGUAAUGGCCGGUCUAAUUGAUUAAUUAUUUGCGCUGUACUGUAGUUGUAUACUACAUGUACUGUACCUAAUGUUUCUAUAUCUUUCAUGAUUUAUAAUAUAUAUAUAUAUAUAUACAUA